UAAUAUGAAGGAUAAAACAUUUUGGAUUAGAUAUAUUUUUACAUUUUCUAUUUUAAUAUUAAUAUUUUCUUGUGACAAUGUGAAAGCAUCAAGACACGAUUGGUCUAAAAGGGAAAUGCCAAGAAAUCCUAAAGAAAAAGAUCCGUUCUCUGAAAUUUCAUUGAAUGAAACUAUAGAACUUUUAAUAAAUGAUAUUUCUUCAGGAAAAUUUGGGUUUCUUUCAGCAGGUUUUGGCAAUUGUCCAUUUUUAUCUGAAUGUCAGGAAUCAAGAAUUCCAUAUCUUCAUCUAGGUUAUGAUUGUUAUACAUAUACUAUGCAAAAUAUUUCAAAUAUUUUUAGAUCAUGUCAACAAUUGGCAGUAUUUUUACAAUUAAAGAAUUUUGUAAAUUAUAGAAAAGACCAAGAGCCUGACGAACCAGAAGGCAAUAAAAGCGAAUUUUGCCAGCAUUUAUGUUCAGAUUCAAAAAAAUGUCCGUCGUACAAUAAAGAUAAUAAAUUAGAAUCUCUUAAAGAUUUAGUAUACAAGUUUGAAGAUCAUAUAAUGGAAUGUCUAAAUAUAGACAAAAAAUCUCAUAACCCAAUCUAUUUUAAUAUAUACGAAAAAAAAAAAGGUAAAUUACUCCAGACCUUUUUCCCAUUUUCACCGACUAUUAAUUCAAUAUUGGCCACUUUUUACAUCUCAGGUCCUCCCAACUUUGUUUUGAUGCUUAUUCCAAAUAAUAUAAAUAAAUCUCUUUUGGAUAUUUUAGUUGCAUUUGCAAUUGGUGGCUUUUUUGGAGAUAUUUUCUUACAUCUUCUUCCCAAAGUAUUUUUAGAUAAAAAAACUAACAGGGAUUUCGAUAUAACAUUUUUUGACAAUCAGAAAAAUAUUGUUCUUAGCUUUUUUAUUCUUAUGGGUUUUGUUUGUUUUAUGUUAAUAGAUAAAACUUUGCGAUUGUUUAUAAAACAUGAUUCUAAUCAUGACCAUAAUGAAAAAUAUAUAAAAGAUGGUGAAGAUAAAAAACAUGAUAAGCCUAUAGCAGUAUCUACUUCUAUAUCUUUAAAAUCGGAUAAUACAAAUGAUAUUAAAAAGAGGAUUGUAGUUAACGAUGAAAAAAAAAGAGAUUCUUCAAUAUCUUCUGCAAAGGUUUUAAAACCAGCAUUAUCUGGUUAUCUCAAUUUUAUAGCAGAUUUUUUUCAUAACUUUACCGAUGGUUUAGCUUUAUCUACAUCAUUUUAUGUUUCUCCUAUAACUGGGAUGACAACAACAAUGGCUAUUUUCUUUCAUGAAAUUCCACAUGAAUUAGGAGAUUUCGCUGUUAUUUUGCAUUCUGGAUUUACAAAAUAUAAAGCAUUAAGCUGCCAAUUUAUAACAGCUACUGGCGCCUUUCUAGGAACAUUUAUAGGGAUUCUAAUAAAUAAAUUUUCAACAAAUUUUUUUAAUACUAAAACAUAUCUUUUUAAUACUUCUAUUGUUUUAAACGAUCUUGUUUUAUCUUUUGUAAUAGGUAAAAAGUUUUAAUUAAUACACAUUUUUUAUUUAAUAUUUAGGAACAUUUCUUUAUGUAGGAACUAUAGGAAUUGUUCCCGAACUGCUAAAUGAUAAAAAUAAUAGAUUUUUUAUAGUAUUUGCUCAAUUAAUUGCAAUUUUUUUAGGUUUCGGAUGUAUGCUUAUUAUUUGAGCGAAUAUUCAAUUUUCUGUUAAAUAAUAACAUUUAACCAUUAACAUUUUUGAUCUUAAAUAUAUAUUGAAUAUAUUUAACAACAUAAUUCAAA